CUGAUAGAGCAUCCCGACUCUGAGUCACCUCCCGACCUGGCCCGUGCGAGAGGCUACACGGUGGAAGUGGAAUACGAGGACGUAACCUCGGGCCUUCCUUUGCCAGCCGACUGGGACCAGUAUCUGGCGCUGCUUUCCAAGAAAGACAGGCACGAGCUGCGCCGGAAACUGCGCCGUCUGGACACGCAGACCGAAUGGCGCUGGGUCUGCCAUACGAACCCCGACGCAGUGAUGGAAAACUUCGAUACGUUCCUGGCUUUGAUGCGGAUGAGCCGGACCGACAAAGAGGAGUUCAUGACUCCGGAGCGCGAACAGUUUUUCCGCGCUCUCGCACGUCGGAUGGCGGAGUUGGACCGCAUCCGCCUGUUCAUGAUGGAAAUGGAUGGCUCGACGGCCGCAGCCAGCUUGUGCUUCGACUAUGGCCAGGAACGCCUGUUGUACAAUAGCGGAUAUGAUCCGGACCUUUCCUAUUACAGCGUGGGGCUGUUGCUCCACGCCAUGGCCAGAGCCAUACAAGGCGCAUCUUGGCGGUCAGCAGAAGAGUCUUUACAGAAUGGUGGUGAAGCGAGCUUGAGCCUCGAGCGAGCAGCGUUUAUUUCGUUCCACGCCUGCCCUCUGGCGGCGCCUGGACAAGGCAAGUCGGGGGGGAUGAACGUGUAUGUCCGGGAACUUUCCAGGGCCAUGGGAGACUCCGGCAUUCCGGUUGACAUCUUCACCAGAGAGCAUGAGGGAGUUCAGGAAAAAGUAGCGUGGAUCGCCCCAAAUGUGAGGGUCAUCCACCUACCGGGUGGACCCAAUGAGGCAGGGGUGGCUGAGCUUUUCGUUCAUCUACCCCGUUUUUUGGAAGAAGUGCAGGCGUUCCGCGAGCAGGAACGCCUGGAGUAUGACAUAGUUCAUUCUCAUUACUGGCUUUCGUCUUGGGUGGGGCAACGCUUGGCCAAGGGAUUGGGCAUUCCGCACGUGGUUACAUUCCACACCCUUGCCCUGAUCAAGAUGCAAUCUCGCGCCGGGGAAGUAGAGCCUGAUGAGCGUGGGGAGGUGGAACGGGAGGCGAUGCUGAAUGCCGAUCGCAUAAUCGCCUUCAGUGGCCACGAAAGAGAUGCAAUGGCCAGGCUUUACGGCGCUGACCCCUCACGGGUGAUGCUGGCGCCCUGCGGGGUCGAUCUGACAAAAUUCCGCCCCAUGGACCAGAAAGAAGUCCGGCGCAAGCUGGGGCUGAACGGAGAAAAACUCCUUCUCUACGUCGGCCGAGUGGAGCCCUUGAAGGGGCUAGACCUUCUGGUGGAGACCGCGGCGCAGAUGGAGGCAGAAGGGGAAAACGUACGGAUGAUGGUAGUGGGCGGAGGCGGCCCCGGAGAACCCGAGACCGACCGAGUCCGACGUCUCGCCGAGGAACGCCAUGUGGACGACUUGAUUGAAUUCGUGGGCCGGGUCGACCACGAUGAACUACCCCUUUACUACAAUGCCGCCGAUGUCUGCGUGGUGCCUUCCUACUACGAAAGCUUUGGGCUUGUUGCACUCGAAUCGAUGGCUUGCGGAACACCGGUGGUGGCAACACGGGUUGGAGGUCUGCCCACCCUGGUGCAUCACGGCCACACGGGCUAUCUCAAGUCUUGGCGAUGCCCAGAGGCUUUUGCCAACUCCGUCGAGAUGAUAAUCUCGAGCGAGCGUCUUCAGGAAAGCUUGGGAACUGCGGCGAGGCGCCGGGCUGAAAUGAUGAGCUGGCCCAAUGUCGCUUCCAUGAUUUCCGAUGAAUAUCGCGCGCUAAGUACCGCCGGGUAA